UUGAUCUGGAUAAUACCAGCGAAAGGAUCAUGCUCUCGAUGUUUCCCCCUUUUCCCCGUGCGCAGCAACUAACACCUACCAGAAUACUUGAUCACUAUUCAAAAUGGCACCAUCUGCGACCCUAGAAGUUGUUGAACCUACUACCCUCCCCCACAAGGGUGGCAUCCCUGUUGGCAAUGGCAAAAUCCAUGCCAGCGGAGAGGUCCAGGUUGCUGAUGGGAAAUGGAAGGACUUUGCUUUCCAUCCCAUCAGGGAGUCGCAGGUGGCUCGUGCUAUGGUUCGUCGAUACUUCACCGACCUCGACACCUAUGCCGAGUCAGACAUCGUCAUCGUCGGUGCAGGUUCGUGUGGUCUAAGCACUGCUUAUACCCUCGCCAAAGCUCGUCCUGACUUGAAGAUUGCCAUCAUCGAGGCCAGCGUCUCCCCUGGUGGCGGCGCCUGGCUCGGAGGCCAACUAUUCAGCGCCAUGGUGAUGCGCAAGCCCGCCGACAAGUUCUUGACUGACCUUGGUGUGCCGUUCGAGGACGAGGGCGCUUACGUCGUCGUCAAGCAUGCUGCUCUCUUUACAUCGACUCUCUUGUCCAAGGUGUUGGCUUUCCCCAACAUCAAACUCUUCAAUGCCACUUCCGUCGAGGAUCUCAUCACUCGCCGUGACGACUCCGGCGCCAUCCGGAUUGCCGGCGUUGUCACCAACUGGACUCUUGUCUCCAUGCACCACGACGACCAGUCCUGCAUGGACCCCAACACCAUCAACGCGCCCGUCGUCAUCAGCACUACCGGUCACGAUGGGCCCUUCGGCGCUUUCAGCGUCAAGAGACUUGUGAGCAUGCAGGCGAUCGAGAAACUCGGUGGUAUGCGCGGUUUGGACAUGAACACCGCCGAAGACGCCAUCGUCAAGGGCACUCGAGAGAUCGUGCCCGGCUUGAUCGUAGGUGGUAUGGAGCUUAGCGAGGUCGACGGAGCUAACCGUAUGGGACCGACUUUCGGUGCGAUGGCUCUCUCCGGAGUGAAGGCUGCCGAGGAAGCCUUGAAGGUUUUUGAGCAGCGCCAGAAGGAAAACGCCUACUAAAUUCGAGUUUUGGAAUGUCAAGGAAGACAGAGAAGGGAAGAUGCGU